AUGCCGGCGAACAGCUUCAUGUCGUGGGUCACCCGCCCGCGCAUCUACGCCUACGGCAUCAUAUCCACCCUCGCCGCCCUCUACACCGUCGCCCUCGCUUUCGAUGAGCGGAGCAACUUCUACGCCGCCGUCGUCUUCCUCGGUCGCUCCAACGGCUGCCUGCUCGUCCUUCUCAACUUCCUCCUCGUCAUAGCGCUCGUUGCAGGUCGCAUCCUGCAGCUGCUCUACUUCGGUCAAUUGCGACGGAGCGAGGUGGAGCUCGUCUGCGAGCGAUCCUGGUACAGCCUCGUCGGCACCUUGCUGGCGGUCUCGAUCUUCAGGGAUGACUUUAGCGUCUCCUUCGUCAUCCUCUUUGGCGUGCUGCUGUUUCUCAAGAUCUUUCACUGGUUGUCCGCCGAACGGGUCGCUUCCAUCAUGCAGUCACCAAGCGUGCCAAGGAUCUUUCAUGCCCGCAUGGUCUCGAUCCUCACCACGCUGCUCAUCGCUGACCUGCUGCUCGUCGGGUUUUCCCUGCAGAUGCUGCUGGUCAAGAAGGUCAAGAUUGGGAUGAUGGUGUUGUUCACCUCGGAAUUCAUCAUCCUCACCGCGCUGUUGGGGAACACAAUAGCCCAGUAUGCGCUCAAUUGCAUCGACAUGGCCCGGGAAGAACCGUGGGAGGCCAAAUCUCUCUACGUCCUCUACGUCGACCUUGCCCACGAUAUCGUACGUCUUUGCACCCAUGGCUACUUCUUCAUCCUCCUCACUCGACUCUACGGUAUACCACUCUCGCUCAUCCACGACCUGUACAGCGCGGGUCGAAGCUGCACCGUCAAGGUCAAAGCGUUGGUGCGGUACCGGCAGGCGGUGCGGAAGAUGGAGACCAAGUACCCCAACGCCACCGCAACGGAUCUGGCUAGCACAGAUGGGACGUGCAUCAUCUGUCGCGAGGACAUGGUGGCUCUGUCCCCCGAAGACGCAGCGGCCCCGGCGGAGGUGACAAAUGUCACACCGAAAAAGUUGAGUUGCGGACACAUCUUCCAUUUCCGUUGUUUACGGUCGUGGUUGGAGCGCCAACAGAGCUGUCCGACGUGCAGGAGGAUGAUCUUGGAUGACGAACCGGAGGUGCCUGCGCCAGUCGCACCCGCAACACCACAGCAGCAGCCAGCAGCACCACUGACAGACGCGGCGACGCCAGCCGAGGGUACGGGUACGAACCCGCAGACCACGGCAGCGGAGGAAGCGUACGACCACCGCCUGCAGGGCUUCCUCUCGCGUCUCCAGUCGGACCUGCGAAAGGUGAGGGAGGAAGGCAAUGUCUCCGCUCGUCAGGCGGCAUCGAGCAGACGUAGGACGGGGAGUCGUAGUGGACGGUCGACGCCGCGAUUGGCGGGUACGAGUGGCUCAAAUGGUGGGACGGGUUUGUUCGGAUCGUCCAGGUAUGGAAGGAUCAACGGCAAUGGAGCAGGCUUGUCGAGCGGGUUCUUGCCCUCGCAGGCCGGUGGAGAGGAGGUAGGCGCAGGAGGGCUGUGGAUGCCGCCGCCGCCAUCAACGCUCUACCCCGGCGGGCGGAGAUCAGCACCCGUCAACGGCAUCGCAUCGCAAUCGUCACCUCAACCCACCCCGGGCGACGCAGACGCCGACUCAAAGGGCAAAGGCAAAGCGCGCGAGGACGACCCUUCCGACCCGCUCGACCCGAAAGAAGCCAUCCGACAAGCCACGCUUCGACGCUUCGGCAUCCCCUCCGCUACCACCUCCUCGCCCUCCGCCCCUACCGACACACCGAACAGCGAGGCGAUAGGCAUGAUCCCGCUCUUCGACCCGACGACCAUCCCAGACUUUUCAGCGCACCAGGCGAGCCUCCCACACGCGCUGCUCGCCCGCCCUGCUCCGAGUGGAGAGAGGGCAAGCGCGGAUCUGUCAGCCGUGCUGGACGCCCAGACGCGCGCAGUGCAUCACCAGAUCGCACUGCUUACGGGCAUCCAGGCGAGAAUCGAUACGGUCAUUGCUGAUCUGACCAAUGUGUUGGAUGGGGUGGAUGCGGCUGGGUACGCGAGGUCAACACAGGACGCGACCGCGGGGAUGGGUGAUACGAACAGCACGUCACAUUGA